AGACAAGGAGAGUGAAACAAAGAGAAACGACUACAAAGGCAAUAAGCCUGUUAAAUCAAAUAGUCGGGCGGAUGCUCUGAACGAAGAAAAGGAACGUCUUCGUAGGAACAUUGCGUAGCGAACAAUUGGUUUGGAAGAGAUGGAGGACGAGGAGUUGUUGGCGUUACGAAGAUAUACGGCGAAAUUGGACCUGUUGGAGAAAAGGAAGCGGGGUCCGGAUCUGCCUGUAGGGAAUAGCCCGCCGUUGGUUACCCCAGAGAACAAGCUGAGUUCGAGACUUUUGGAAGAGGCGAAGGGGAGAAUUGAGAUGUUGAAGGGUGAUCAAGCAAAGGAGGUUGGGACGAUCAGUACCCCAUCCAAGAUCGACCUGUCCCUCAAACACAUCAUGGCGUCAUGCGGUCUGGGAGGAAAAGAGAAGUUCGAGCAGGAGUGUCAUGAUUUUUAUGACGCAUUGACCAUUGACGAAUUGAAAGAGGCUUAUCGUCGCGAGAAGGUGGCAUACGAAAAUCGAGAGUUGGCUAUUAAGAGAUUGAUCACUCGAAGAUCGGCUGUGGCAUACGAUCCUUCUGCUAUUCCUCUGCCAGUUACUCCGCACGUGAUGACGCGUUCGGGGAAAGGCGUGGUUAUUAAGGAGGAGACGAAGCCGGUGAUCUCCGAUAGCGACGAUUCCUUUUCCGACGAGGAAUCCGAGUGAGGGCCUUGUCGUUGCGACAACUUCCUUACUAGAGCGGAACUCUUGAGUGAG